AUGAACGACUCAUACCUGCAGUUUCUUAAAGGGCAGAAACCUGCAAACAGCACGUCUUUGCCUCCUAAUGGCAGCACGGUUGAUCCUUCAGCAGGAGCGCUGUGCGAGCAGGUUCAGAUCCAGGCGGAGGUUUUUCUCACUUUGGGUAUUGUGAGUCUUCUGGAGAACAUCCUCGUCAUCUUGGCCGUGGUCAAAAACAAGAACCUUCACUCUCCGAUGUAUUUUUUCCUGUGCAGCCUGGCUGCUGCGGACAUGUUGGUGAGUGUGUCGAACUCUUUGGAGACCAUUGUCAUUGCUGUACUGAACAGUCGCCUUCUGGUGGCCAGUGACCAUUUUGUGCGUUUGAUGGACAAUGUGUUUGAUUCAAUGAUCUGCAUUUCUCUCGUGGCAUCAAUCUGCAACCUCUUGGCGAUCGCCGUCGACCGCUACGUCACGAUCUUCUACGCCUUACGCUACCACAGCAUAGUGACCGUACGCAGAGCAUUGGUGGCCAUCGCUGGGAUCUGGUUGGUGUGCGUGGUCUGUGGUAUCGUCUUCAUAGUCUACUCAGAGAGCAAGACGGUGAUUGUUUGUCUAAUCACAAUGUUCUUCGCCAUGUUGGUGCUCAUGGCCACUCUCUACGUACACAUGUUUCUUCUCGCCAGACUUCACGUCCAGAGAAUCGCAGCAUUACCUCCAGCAGCAGCUGCAGCCGGCAACCCGGCCCCGCGUCAGCGCAGCUGCAUGAAGGGAGCUGUGACCAUCUCCAUCCUCCUCGGCGUGUUUGUGUGCUGCUGGGCGCCGUUUUUCCUCCACCUCAUUCUGCUGGUGUCCUGUCCGCACCAUCCGCUCUGCCUCUGCUACAUGUCUCAUUUCACCAUGUACCUGGUCCUCAUUAUGUGCAACUCUGUGAUUGACCCCCUCAUCUACGCCUGCCGCAGUCUGGAAAUGAGGAAGACCUUUAAGGAGAUACUCUGCUGUUUUGGCUGUCAGCCUCCACUUUAG